CACACGUACAUUUGUCAGCUGGUUCCCUUUCGCAGUCCUGCUCAAGCACUUUCCACACGUAAACUCUAGGGAGAGUGACACACCUGGUCCCUGGUUCAUCGGCAGUAAACGGAAUGCUUGCGCUCAGGAGCAAUCGUGGCACACCCUUUGGCGUGCGAGCAGCGCCGUUCAAGCUGCCGGUUGGCUCUGUGGGGCUUCAUGGCCUGCGCCCCUGCUUCCGCUACAAACUCCAACCUCCUGCUGCCGAGGGACGGCGUCCCGGUUACGGAUGCCGAUCAGGCGAAGGAGAGACACCUUUCCGGCUCUACUUUCUGGGACGCCUGGCCGUUCCCGGCGAUGUUCCUCUUCACUAUGCUGGCAAUUUACUCCUUGCGCUGGGACAAACAGGAGAGGCAGGGAUCAAGCCAUCACUGCCCACCGGAAGUUGCUGGAGGACUUACAGAUGUGGCCUCCACUGUGGCAGUGCGCUUGACCGCUGUGUUGGCUGACACAGCUAUGUUGGCUGUGUCGGACCGGGCAGCCACGAGCUCAUUCCAUGAGGAGGUUCAGAGGCUCCAGGAGAGUCGCCAGAUGCGUGACAGUAACCUGAAUGCUCUACCGCUGACAGAUGCAGACCUGCGCAAGCUGGACGCCAGUGUCAAGCGCAACACUGCCCUAAUCAAGCGGUUGCGCAGUGUGAGCGAGGAGUCCAAAGCUGGCCUGCUCGAGGAAAUCUCCCGGACCAACCAAUCAAAGUAUGUCAGCGAGGCAGUCACUGCCAUAUCUGAGGCCAAUGUGAAGACAAAGGACAUUGCGGCUGCAGUCGAGGUCAUCUCUCUGCUGCACCAGCGGUAUGCUGAGUUCAGUGGGGAACUCAUUGCCAAACUCUAUGAUGUCUUCAUUCCUGCCACGCGGGAUGCAGAGGACGAGAGGAGCAGCCUGGCACGGCGGCGCAGUGCGCUGCGGCUGCUGUGCGAGCUGCUGCUGGUGGGCGUGCACCACAACACGCUGCCGCUGGUGGCAGUCGCGCGGCGGCUGGCGGCCGCCGAGUUUGAGCGCGACCCGGCCGGCGCGCAGGCGGCGCUGUCGCUGCUGGCCGGCUUCGCCAAGUGGCACCGCGUGGAGUUCCUGGGGUUCCCCCGCCGGCCCCCCGCCGAGCUGCCGCCUGAAGCGUUACCCCAGGCGGACGGCGCGGAAGAGCCACAGGAGAUGAGGGAGGCGCGGUCCCAGCAGGCAGUGGAGCAGGCAGCCUACGAGGAGCAGGCGGCGAGCGCUUUCAUGCCUUCCAAGGACAGCCAGGAGCUCUUUAUGGCUGCGAUGACUCGCGCGUUCGACUGCGGCUGUGAGGCGCUGCUGCGAGACCACGCCGCGCUGGCCAGGACCGAGCACGACAACGAACGCGUGCUCAACAACAGGGGCGAGCUGCCAGAGGAAAUGGCGGCGGCGUAUGAGAAGCAGCACAAGAGCUUUGAGGCGCUCCAGCGGUCGCUGGCGUCCCUGGCAGAGUCCCUGGAACGGGACAUGCCUGCGCUGCCAGAAACCACCACGCGCUUCACCGGCGAGGGCAGCGUCUCUGUCAUCACCCGCCAGGAGGGUGAGGACUUCAGCACAGGGCCAUUUGAGGACGAGGAGACGAGGGCGCUGUAUGAGUCGCUGCCAGACAUCCGCGCACUGGUGCCGGCACUUCUGCUCGGCACCGCAGAAGCGCAGCAGACAGCGGAGGAGGAUGCUGCAGAACAACCAAUGGAAGUUGAGGCUUCAGGGGCUGAUCGAGCAGCUGAUGCCGGCGCAGCUGACACCCAAAAAGAGGCCGCCCAGGAAACCACACCAGCAGAGAGUAAGGGUGCGGAGGCGGCAGCACGGCCGGGGAGGGCAGAGGUGGAGGCAGUGGUGGCCUGCCUGCCCACGCUGUGCAGCCGAGAAGAGUGCGACGAGCUGGCCGUCAACUUCUGCUACGUCAACAGCAAGGGCGCCCGCAAACGCAUGGCGCGGGCGCUGUUUGAUGCGCCGGAGGGGGCGCCGCAUCUUCUGGGCUUCUACAGCCGCGUGGCCGCCUCCCUGGCGCAGGUCUUCCCUGAUAUGGCCGCCGCACUCCUGCGCUCCCUGGAGGAGGAGUUUGCCCUCCUGCAGGCGCGCAAGGACCCGACGCAGCGUUCGCUGGAGGCGCGGCUGCGAAAUGCGCGCUACCUGGCAGAGCUGACCAAGUUCCGCCUGGCUCCCUUCGGCACCUUCUUCUCGCUGCUCAAGCAGCUGCUGGACGACUUUGCAGGCCACAACGUCGACGCGGCCGCCGCGCUCGUCGAGACGGCCGGCCGCUUCCUGUACCGCCUGCCCGAGACGCAGACGCGCAUAGCCAACAUGCUGGAUGUGAUGAUGAAGCUGAAGAACAGCCGCAACCUGGACGCGCGGCAGAGCAUGCUGCUGGACAAUGCGUACUAUGCCGUGCGGCCACCUGAGCGCGUGGGCGCUCGCCGCAAGCGCCGGCCGCCCGUGCACGAAUACGCACGCCACCUCAUCCACGACCGCCUCGCCACCGAGCAAGUCAAGCCCGUGUUUCGGAAGCUGCGGCGGCUGGCAUGGGCGGAGAAUGAGGCGUAUGUGGUGCGCUGCAUGCUGGCGGCCGCCAAGGGGCGCUUUGAUGACCUGCCGCUUGUUGCCAGCCUGGCUGCCGGCCUCUCGCGUUACCACCCCUCCCUUGCCAUCGCCCUCCCAGACGCCCUGCUCGAGGAGGCAAAUACAAACCAAUGGUGGCUGCAGGUGCGCGUGGGGCUGGAGGCGGGGGAGGAGGGAACGUCGUAUCAGAAGCGCGUGGGCCACAUGCGGCUGCUGGGCGAGCUGUACAACUACCGCAUCAUUGACAGUCGCACCGUGUUCGACACCCUCUACACCCUGCUCGCGUUCGGCCAUGACUCUCCUGAGACCGCCGCUCUGCUCGACCCACCCACAUCCUACUUCCGGACGUGCGGCGGCUACUUCCACAAAGGCAGCGCUGCGCGCAAGCUGGACCGUUUCCUGGCCUACUUCCAGCGCUACAUCCUCGCCAAGCCCCCACUGCCCCUCGACAUUGACUUUGACGUCCAGGACCUGUUCGAGCAUGUGCGGCCGAAGAUGAAGCGCCACACAAGUUUCGAGGAGGCGUUUGAGGCGGUGGUGACCAUCGAGGCCGAGGAUGCGGCGGCGGCUGCGGCAGGAGUGCAGUCAGACAACUCAGACAGCGAUGACGGCGGCUCCAGACCAGGCCUCGGCAGCGAUGAUGAAGGUGGGAAGGAGGCGGAGGCGGCGGCGACUGAUCGCGAUGACAUGUCGGAGUCGGGGGUGUCCACAGCAGACGAGGACGAGGAGGUCCGGGUGCUCAAUGCAGGGCAGCUGCGGGAGGAGGAAUUGGACCCCGAUUUUGAACGUGAGCUGGCUGCCCUUGUCAGCGAGCACCAGGGGCCCGGUGCAGCAUUCAGUGCUGCCCAACCCCAGGCUGGGGAGACAGGGAGCAGCACAGCGACUGUCAGCAAUAGAGUGGACCCUGGCGGCACGGUUGCCUUUAAGGUGAUGCUGAGGAGAGGCGGCAAGGACGACAAGACGCGCUCCGUGCAGGUGCCUCUGAGCGCAGCCAUGGCGGUGCAGCUGCGCAGCAAGGCGGCCAGCGAAGAAACCGAGCGCGCGGAGAUCAAGCGCUUAGUACUGCGCGCGAAUCAGAACCUCGAUCUGGCUGGCCUCGCCAGCACGCCCCGGGGUGGCGCAGGCCGGCCGCCGGCUGUCGCCGCAAAAACCGGCGGUUAUUACUCCCGUGGCGGCGGAGCGGCUGGCGGCGCCGGGCGCGGCCGAGGCCGGCGGUAUAGCGCUCAGCACGGCAGGGAUACACAGACCUGA